AUGGAGCCCCUCACUCACAUAGCCAUAGUUUCAGUCCCAGUAUAUAGCCAUUUACGCUCAAUUCUUGAGUUCUCCAAGCGACUAGUUCAUCUCCACCAAGACAUUCAUGUCACAUGCAUCAACCCCACAUUUGGUUCACCUUGCAACAACACCAAAGCCCUUUUUGAUUCCCUUCCCUCAACCAUAGACUCCAUGUUCCUACCACCAAUAAAGUUGGAGGAUCUUCCACUUGACAUUCACCCAGCAAUCCAAGUUCAAAUGACUAUCUCUCGUUCCCUACCUCUAAUCCAUGAUGCAUUGAAGAAACUACAUUCUAGAUCUAAGCUUGUUGGAGUAAUUGCUGAUGGAUUAAUAACAGAAGUGUUACCAUUUGGCAAAGAACUCAAUAUACUGUCCUUCACAUAUUUCCCAUCCACAGCUAUGUUACUAGCAUUGUGCUUGUAUUCUUCUAUGCUAGACAAGAAAAUUUCUUGUGAGUACAAAGACCUAUUAGAACCUGUUGAGAUUCCCGGUUGCAUACCAAUUCUGGGGAUUGAUCUCCCAGACCCACUUCAAAAUCGAUCUGGUGAAGCAUACAAGCAGUUUCUUGAAGCUAAUGAAAGGUUCUAUUUAGCUGAUGGUAUAUUGGUUAACAACUUUUAUGAAAUGGAAGCAGAGACCAUAAGAGCCUUGCAGCAAGAAGAAGGUAAAGGAAUCCCUUCUGUUCUUGCAAUUGGACCUUUCGUACAAAAGGGGUCAUGUGAUCAAGGAAGUGAGAUUGAAUAUUUGAGAUGGUUGGACAAGCAGCAACAAAAUUCUGUGCUCUAUGUUUCCUUUGGAAGUGGUGGGACACUCUCUCAUGAUCAAAUAAAUGAGCUUGCUUGGGGUUUGGAAUUGAGUGGUAAAAACUUUUUAUGGGUGUUAAGACCACCUAAUAAGUUUGGCAUUAUUGCUGACAUUGGUGUUGAAAAUGAGGACCCUUUUGAGUUUUUACCAAAUGGGUUUUUGAAGAGAACACAAGGGCAUGGUUUGGUAGUUCCUUAUUGGGCUUCGCAAGUUCAAAUCCUUGGUCAUGGUGCAAUUGGUGGGUUCCUAUGCCAUUGCGGUUGGAAUUCCACACUAGAAAGUGUUGUGAAUGGUAUUCCACUAAUAGCAUGGCCACUCUUUGCUGAGCAAAAGAUGAAUGCAGUUUUGCUAACCAAUGGUUUGAAAGUGGCUAUUAGGCCUAAACUUAACGAGAAGGGUAUAGUGGAAAGGGAAGAGAUAGCUGAGGUCAUAAAGAAUCUAAUGGUAGGAGAAGAAGGUAAGGAAAUUCGCCAAAGAAUGAAAAAAUUGAAAAGUGCUGCUAAUGAUGCGUUGAAGGAAGAUGGAUCUUCAACAAGGACUUUAACACAGUUAGCGCUAAAACUCCUGCACAAGUGA